UGCCUAAUGACAUUAGAUUGAUGGGAUUUGAUUAAGAUUACCAUUUCCAUGGAUCCCAUGCUAUGGGAAUUGGAUGCAAUCAAGUAACCAUAAUAAAAAGAACAAGAAAACGUGCCUAGGUUGUCAAAUUAUUCUCUUCAGGCAAGUGUCUGAUUGCUGACAGGAUCAAAAUCUGGGUAUAAUUACAUUAGCUUUGCACCUUUGAAACCUGAAUUGAAAUUCAUGUUGUCUUUUUAUUUUCGAAGAUUUCUUAGGAUUAAACGGCAAAAAAUAACAAUAAUAAAGUUGUUUACUUGUAUUAUUUUUCAUUGAAAACUUUCAUCGAGCACUAGGCGGUGAAGUCGUGAACUUUCCAUUAAAAUUUCUCAAAAUGGAGAAGGAAGAGAUUGAUGGGUGUUCUUCUCUUGCUUACAAGCUUUUAUUCUCAUGCCCUUUUGGUCUUUCUCCACCACAGCUGUCAGUGGUUUUCGACGAAUCAUACGAUAGAAUUCCUCAUUCAGACAUAAAUUUGGAGAACUCCAUUUCUCAGAUAUGGGAUCUGAGGGUUCAGAAAAAUGCAUCUUUAUUCAAUGGCAAGAAAUUUAGGUAUGGAGGAUAUAGUCAGAACAGUGGAGAUGGAUCAAACCAAGAAUCAUACGUAUGCCUCCACCUUGGGUUGACAGAUUAUAGAACUUUCGUGGGAACAAACUUGAAUCCUUCGUGGGAAAAAUUCUUGGUUACAUCGGAAGAUGACUCAACACAGUGUCAACACACCUCAAGCCCUCUAGGUAAUGCUGCAAUUGUGGAGACAUCUGACAAGAAAAUAGUAGUGCUGCAAAGAAGUAACAAUGUUGGUGAAUUUCCUGGGCAUUUUGUUUUCCCAGGAGGCCACCCUGAGCCUCAAGAAGUUGGCAUAGAAACCCAUGAAUACAGUAAGGACUCAAAAGAUUCUGAGCUUGUUAAUAAAAGGGUUUCCCAAGAGAUGUUUGAUAGCAUUAUUCGUGAAGUUGUUGAGGAAAUUGGAGUACCAACUACAUCCCUAUCAGAUCCGCUUUUUAUUGGCAUAUCUCGCAGGGUUUUGAAUGUUAGACCAGCUAUCUUUUUCUUUAUUAAAUGUAGUCUUCAAUCAAAAGAAAUUCAGCAGCUGUAUUCUAAUGCACAAGAUGGCUAUGAAUCCACUCAACUUUAUACAGUCUCAAUGAUUGAACUAGAGCCUAUGGCAUUAAAAAUGCCUGGCUGCCAUCAAGGUGGAUUUGCUCUCUAUAAGCUGAUGGUUGGAGCCUUGAAGAAUAUCUGAUGAUGGUUCAUAGCUUACUGGUCUAUACAAGAUUUCACCACUCCAUUUUCAGAAGCUCUCAGAUUUAAAUUUAUUACUUCAGUUUGUAAUUUUUGUAUCUAGAAACAUUCUUUUCAUAAUAUGCUUGCAAAAGGACAAAGUCAUGCUCGAAUGUAUCACUCUAUUUCCGUCUUAAGUUUGCUAUUUAAUGUGGAAGCAACAUUAAAUUCAUAAAAAUUUUGGUGAAGCAAUAAUAUCAUUUUAGUUUUAUCAA